AUGGGGACGACAAUGUGUCUGCCGCGGCGCGAUGACAGCCGCCCGCUGGCAUACUUCGGUAUCCCGGUGAGCACCCUUGUCGUGUACGAGCAGUCGGCCGUCCAGCGGUCAACGUACUACGUCCCUGGUAUCCCCAUCCUGCUGCAGGACACCGCUUUCUUCUGGGACUCACAGCACGAGGGAGAGGCGGCGGCCGCUACCACCGCGGCCGUUUCGCCCGACAGCAUGUGGGUAGCCGCCGCGGAGAAGGCGAUCAACGACUUCGCAAGGAAGAGCCAUCUGCUCUCGCUUAGUAAGAGUGUGCAUGGGCGACGAAGCAGUGGAAUCAGCAGAGGUAGGAAGCCGAAAGCGUCGAAAAAGCGCACAAGUCGCGUCUUCGAAGAGCCUCUUCGUCGCCUUAUGGGGAAGAUGCCGCUCCGUGCUCCGCACUUUGUUGCGAUGCUAACACUUUUUCUCCACAAACUUCCCGAACCGCUGCUUUCGCCGCUGUUUGUGCGCCAAACAGAGGACAUACUGGCAAACGAGCGGAUGUCUGAAUCCGCAAAGGCGCAGGCGCUGCAAAAGGCGAACCGCCACACAUUCAUUUCAACUUAUCCAGCGGAGUACGCCGUAUUCCAGUACUUGAAGCAGCUCGUACAACGCCACCGUGGGGAACUCAUUGCCGCGGAAGUCGAGGCAUUGGUGCGUGCAAUGGUGCGGGAGGCCACUGAGCAUGUUGUGGAGUAUUUGAUGCAGCAGGUGCAGCCGCUUGUGAGCCAAGCGAUGCUCAAUCCAAGGCGCGAGACAUUCCCUACCAGCGGCAGCAGCAGUUCCAUAUCGGAGUCACACGCCGACGCUGCGCAGCUCGCACGACAAGACACCACCGGCACCGACGACUACUCAUUGCCCGGCUCGCACCGCAACGACGUGCCCAACGGUGAUUUACAAACGGAAUCAGUGGCCACAACAACAAGAAGCGCCUCGCACACCCGAGAGGAAGUGGCUGUGGAGGCGAAGGAUGAUGCUGGUGAUUCUGUUGACGACGAAGAUGUUGCUGAAAAGAAGCACGGGGUUACUGCGGCUCCGUCAUCUUCGGCUAUGCAUUGUGUUGACUCGAUGGAGCCAUCGCAGUCCAGAGCAUCAGUGCCGGAGACGCCUGCCGAUGAGGUUUGCAGCGAACGGCAGCCUGUCACGCCCAAGUGCACUUGCGAUGAUAACGGCAAGGAAAAGGAAGAAGAGCAAAAGGAAAUGGGCUUGGCGACUGGGUCGGGCAGCGACUUGCGCAGUGAUGUGGCACUAGAUCGACAGAGUGAUAAUGACUCUCCAAUUGAAGUCCCCCUCACACAAGUAAAAAAACGACAAACGAACCAAAACAAAGAGGCAUCCCUUCCUGUUGCUGCGGGGGAAGCCAGCACUUCUCAGCUGCCACUGAUGAUUGAAAAUGAGCCGUCUUCAUCACAGGAAUUGCGGAGACGAGUUGCGUCUUCAAACGACGAGGUGGGGAAAGACUCCGUUGGGUUAGUCGUCGGUGUGAAUGGCUGUGUACAGCAAGAGGGAGAGUCCAUCCUUCCUCUAGCAGACUUCUCCCCCGCGCAUGAUCCCACAGAGUCGGUUGCGAGCGCGCCGCUGCAGAGCCGUCAUUCAGCUUCCCCGGUUAGUGAGCAAGAACAUCUUAGGGACACGCCGCAGCGUCUGAGCGCGCAGUCAUCACGAAGCCAGGUGCUUCUCCCCGUAAUUACAGCUUCCUCACCAAUAUCGUCCCCAGCUGUAGUAUUGGUGCCACCAGCGGAAGCGCCUCGUGUUGCUCAGCCGCAGACAUCACAUUCGUCAUCGUUAAGUGGAGAGAUGCUUCACACCAGCGCUGCAGGAAGCUUCGUCAAGCAGCAUCCCUGCUACGCCGCUUUGCUAGGGGCAAAACAGCUUUUUCUUGGAAAUGGGGGGCUUCCCCCACCGCAGCUUCCGUUGGACAGCAAAGCGUCAGAACUUGUGGAAGAUCUGGUGGAUGGAAAUGCGUUCGGGACCGAGUCCGUCCAUGGUGCCAUAGAGCAGGUGUCACGCGAUGAUGCAAUGAUCCAUAGCGGGAGAGAUGAGUGCGCCUUUAUCCGCAAAGAGAGCCUGAGCGGCCCUGAUCGGCGGGUUUUCGACGAUUUUGGCUGCGCUAUAGAGGAGCGCUUGCAACGGGGGUCUAUUAAGCCACUCGUAGAGCAGAUAACGCGGUUAAGUGCAGAGUGCGAGUCGCUCGCGCAGCUGGUGCGGGGCGGGGAGACACUGGUGGGGCCACCGUGUGAAGCCCCACAGCUGGGGAAGCGAGUUGAUCAAGAACUGGCGCUCCUCAAGGAUGUUGUGCGCCAAAUCGCAGAGAACCAUUCCGAAACAUUGGGGGAUGUUGUGCAGCUGCAACAGCAAGCUGAGCAGCAACGUGAGCGGCUAGCGAGCUUCGCAGCCGAAAAGCAGAGUUGGCGGAACGACGCCCUAAGCGCCAAAGAGGCGGCGCUUGAGAUCCAACGUCGCUGCGCCGACCUUGAAAGGGCGCAGCUUCAGGAUCACCAGUUGUGCCAGUAUAUGUCCGCAAAACUCAAAGAGUUGGCGUACAAGUUGGAGUGCAGCGAGAAGGAGAAUCUUGAACUCAAAGUGGAGCUCUCUGCGCUUCAGAGGCAAGCCGUUUCGACGCGGGAAAGGCUGUUCUCGGUGCGGUGA